AUAACACAAGUGUAUCUGAAAAAAAUAAAGCGUUUUGAACCAAUAGCCCAGCUUUUCAGUCCAUAGUAGUUCCCUCUCAUUCAGCACUGCAGCCGCCGCAUCGCCGACUGCACGCCCCCCGCCGCCGCAUCGUUGUCUGCAGGCCCCCCUCCACUGUAUACGAACAGCGGGGCACAAGAAAAAACUCAGAGCCAACCCUGACCAGAAGGAGCCAUGUCGAGGAUAUGUGUGAAGAAUCUCCCUAAAUAUGUCGUGGAGGAUCGACUAAGAGAGUUAUUUUCUCAGAAAGGAGAAGUAACUGAUGUCAAGCUUAUGCGUACUAAGAAAGGCCAAAGUCGCCAAUUUGCGUUUAUUGGAUUUCGUACAGACCAGGAAGCUCAGGAAGCGAUUCGAUAUUUUAACAGAUCUUACCUUGACACGCUUAGAAUUACUUGUGAGGUGGCGCAAAAACUCGGUGACGCAAAUCUUCCUCGUCCGUGGAGUCGGCAUUCAACAAAAAAAGACAAUAAAGUGACCACCCCGGAUGUGAACAAACAUGCUAGAGCUAAAGUAGAAGUAGCAGAUUCUAAGGACAUUGAUGACCCGCAGCUUCAAGAUUUUCUUCAGGUCAUGCAACCUCGGGCGAAGUCAAAGCUGUGGGCAAAUGAUACAUCAGAUGUAGCCAAUGAUGGUAACAACCAAGAAAUAUUGAACAAGGAGAGCCAAAGUACAUCAGUUGCAAACCAUCCUAAGUUAGGUCAAAGUGGCUCACAAGUAGAUGGAGUUCCAAAUAAGCCUGAACAACCAAACAAGUCACGUGAGCUUGAACAUAAUGGAGUAAUGUCUGAUAUGGAUUAUUUCAAGAGUAAAGUGACAACAGAGUGGUCUGAUUCUGAAAGCAGUGAUGACGAAAAUGGCGAUGACAACAGCGAUUCGGAAUGUGCUGACAAAGAUAACCAUAGUCAUGCUAGUGAACAUGAAGAAAAUUGUGGUCAUAACCCUUCUGAGAGAACCCUAAGAAAUGAUGCUCAAGAAUUAGACCUUGAGGGCCAAGAAGGUACUUUUGGAGAGGAUGUUGCCAAUGAUAAGCCUCAAGUGAAUGCAUCUGAGGAGGGGGGGAAAUUAUCAAAACCAGAAGAUGAGAAAGGUGUUUCUGAGUUGUAUCGACUGUUUGUUCGUAAUCUGCCAUAUACGACCACUGAGGAGGAGCUGGAAGAGCAUUUCAGUCAGUUUGGUAGUAUCUCACAGGUUCAUUUAGUUGUUGAUAAGGAUACAAAACGAUCCAAAGGAAUAGCUUAUAUUCAUUUUUCAGCUCCAGAAUUUGCAGCCAGGGCGCUCCAAGAGUCAGACAAUUCAAUCUUCCAGGGAAGACUAUUGCAUGUUAUGCCGGCUAUAGAAAGACCUACAAACAAUAAAGAUGUCUCCAAGGACCAAGGCUCUCAAAAUCUCAAACAACGAAGAGAGGAAGAGAGGAAAGCAGCUGAAGCUAGUGGAGAUACCAGAGCAUGGAAUAGUCUGUUCAUGCGCUCUGAUACUGUUGUGGAAAACAUUGCUCGGAAAUAUGGUGUUAGUAAAAGUGAUUUACUAGAUCGAGAAGCUGACGAUCUUGCUGUACGCAUUGCUUUGGGAGAAACUCAAGUGAUUUCAGAGACUAAAAAUGCAUUUAAAAAAGCUGGAGUGAAUGUGGAGUCUUUGGAGGAGCUUGUGAAGGGUAAAGUUGAUGGCGUGAAAAGAAGUAACCAUGUACUUUUAGUUAAAAACUUGCCCUAUGGUUCUACGGAAAAUGAACUUGCAAAGAUGUUUGGGAAAUUUGGUAGUUUGGAUAAAAUAAUCCUCCCCUCGACAAAAACAUUGGCCCUGGUUGUUUUCCUUGAACCAGCAGAAGCUAAAGCUGCUUUUAGAGGUUUAGCUUACAAGCGUUACAAGGAUGCUCCCUUAUACUUGGAGUGGGCUCCUUCAAAUGUUCUUAACCCAAAACCAACAUCUAACAAUAAUGAGAUGAAUAGUGGAAUUGGUGAAGCGGAUGUAAAGCGACAGAUAUUGGAGCAAGACGUGGAAAGAAUAACAGAUGUGGAUAUUGAUCCGGACAGAAUAGAGGCUCGGUCCCUGUUUGUCAAGAACCUAAAUUUCAAGACAACAGAUGAGAGUUUGAAGAAACAUUUCAGUGAGCACAUGAAAGAGGGACGGAUUUUGAGUGUCAAGGUGAAAAAGCAUUUGAAAAAUGGGAAAAAUGUUUCUAUGGGGUUCGGAUUUGUUGAGUUUGACUCCACAGAGACUGCUACAAAUGUUUGUAGCGAUUUACAGGGGACUGUUUUGGACAGUCAUGCUCUUAUUUUACAACUUUGUCAUGUCAAGACUGAUGGUAAAGUACAAAAGAGAGUUGAGAAAGACAAGAGUUCAACAAAGUUGCUUGUGAAAAAUGUUGCUUUUGAGGCAACAGAGAAGGAUCUGAGACAAUUGUUUAGCCCGUUUGGCCAGGUUAAAAGCUUAAGGUUGCCAAUGAAGUUUGGAAAUCAUAGAGGUUUUGCUUUUGUGGAGUAUGUUACUCAGCAGGAGGCACAAAAUGCUCUUACAGCACUCUCAAGCACCCAUUUAUAUGGCAGACAUUUGGUGAUAGAGAGAGCGAAAGAAGGUGAGAGUUUGGAGGAACUGCGGGCUCGAACUGCUGCUCAAUUUAAUGAACAUAGUGGAUUUCAAGAUGCUACUACUUUCUCCAAGAAAAGGAAGGCCAUCAAUAUCUUAGAUGAAGGGAAAAUGAAGUUUGAAAGGUUUGAUGUUUAGUGCUCUGCAAAAGAUUUUAACGUUUGUGUAUAUGUCCCAAAGUUCAGGGAUAGCAAUUUUGUAUGUUGUAGUAAGUUGUUUAAUUUAUUCCCGCUUGGUGUCCUUACAUUUAUUACUAUUUAUUUAAUACCAUGUUCAAAAGAUGCAGCAAAAGGAUAUGAUCAUAGUUAUUUUAGAUCAGCUUACUGAAUGCUUAAAAUCACAAUUGUAUGGAUAUGUUCAUGGUCAUAACUAUUUUGAGACUUUUUUAAAGAACA